CGUGGAGACGGGCUGAGCCCCUGGACCGAGCGAGCCCCUGGACGCCGCCGCGCGGGGCCAUGCAGGUGGCCAUGACCGGUAGGGCCCGCAAAGAGGCGGUGCAGGCCGCGGCACGCGAACUGCUCAAAUUCGUGAACCGGAGCCCUUCGCCCUUCCACGCGGUGGCUGAGUGCCGCAACCGCCUCCUCCAGGCUGGCUUCCGUGAACUCAAGGAAACAGAGACCUGGGAUAUCAAGCCCGAGAGCAAGUACUUUCUGACCAGGAACUCCUCCACCAUCGUGGCCUUCGCUGUGGGAGGUCAGUUCGUGCCUGGCAAUGGUUUCAGCCUCAUUGGGGCCCACACAGACAGCCCCUGCCUGCGGGUGAAACGGCGAUCUCGCCGCAGCCAGGUGGGCUUCCAUCAGGUCGGUGUGGAGACCUACGGUGGAGGGAUCUGGAGCACCUGGUUUGACCGUGACCUCACCUUGGCUGGGCGUGUCAUUGUCAAGUGUCCCACCUCAGGCCGGCUGGAGCAGCGGCUGGUGCACGUGGACCGGCCCAUCCUUCGCAUCCCGCACCUGGCCAUCCACCUCCAGCGGAACGUCAAUGAGAACUUCGGGCCCAACAUGGAGAUGCACUUGGUCCCCAUUCUUGCUACAGCUGUCCAGGAGGAGCUGGAGAAGGGGACCCCUGAGCCUGGCCCUCUCAGUACUGCAGACGACCGGCACCACUCGGUCCUCAUGUCCCUUCUCUGUGCCCAUUUGGGGCUGAGCCCGGAGGACAUCUUGGAGAUGGAGCUGUGUCUUGCAGACACCCAGCCUGCGGUCCUGGGUGGUGCCUAUGAGGAGUUCAUCUUUGCCCCUCGGCUGGACAACCUGCACAGCUGCUUCUGUGCCCUGCAGGCCUUGAUCGACUCCUGUGCAGCCCCUGCCUCCCUGGCCUCAGACCCCCACGUGCGCAUGAUCGCCCUCUAUGACAAUGAAGAGGUGGGAUCUGAGAGCGCCCAGGGGGCGCAGUCGCUGCUGACGGAGCUGGUGCUGCGGCGGAUCUCAGCCUCCGUGCAGCACCUGACGGCCUUUGAGGAAGCCAUACCCAAGUCCUACAUGAUCAGCGCGGACAUGGCCCACGCUGUGCACCCCAACUACCCGGACAAGCAUGAGGAGAACCACCGGCCCUUAUUCCACAAGGGCCCUGUGAUCAAGGUGAACAGCAAGCAGCGCUAUGCCUCCAACGCGGUCUCCGAGGCCCUGAUCCGAGAGGUGGCCGGCCGCGUGGGGGUGCCCCUGCAGGAUCUCAUGGUCCGGAACGACUCCACCUGUGGGACCACCAUUGGCCCUAUCUUGGCUUCUCGGCUGGGGCUGCGGGUGCUGGACUUAGGCAGCCCCCAGCUGGCCAUGCACUCCAUCCGGGAGACAGCCUGCACCACAGGAGUCCUCCAGACCCUCACCCUCUUCAAGGGCUUCUUUGAGCUGUUCCCUUCUCUGAAUCGUAACCUCCUAGUGGACUGAGGCCUCUUGGAAAGACUUCUCGUCCACGGGAAGUUCUCAGCUGAGCUGAAGCUGGAUUAUUAAAGUGCAUUUUCCACUCA